AUGAGCUUCUUUCGUAGCAAGACAGAGGGCAAGCAAAUGUAAGCUCUUCCAUUGCAAGCUUUCAGCUGCUUCUUCCUUAACACUAAAAAGAGAUGGGUAUAAAAGGAAGGAAGGGAAACUCAACCUCCAAAUUCUCAAACCAAACCACUUCUUUUCAUUAUUGAAAAACCACAAAUAUCAAAUAUCAUACAUGAUGUUGCAAUACACUGUUGAGCUCUUGUCUCAAUCAUCAACUCCUCCACCUGCACUAGUAGCAUUCUGUCUCUGUAAUUUGAUUAUAGCCAUGCUCUUCUUCAGCAGCAGCAACAUUAAUGAAUCUCCCAAGCUUUGUUCCUCUAUUAUUCCCAUUGUUGAGGUGUCUAAGAAAGAACAAGCUAAAGAACAAGAAGACAUUGUGACAUUCACCCUUGAAGAAGAAGAGGAAGAAGAAAAAGAAGAAGAAGAAGAUGGUGAUGAUGAAUUGAAGAAGAGAGUGGAGGAGUACAUUGAAAAGAUGAACAGACUAUGGAAGUCUGAAAAUGGGCAUCAUAAAUCAUUUUAAAAGUUAAUAUUAUUACUAACAAGACUGGAAGUAAUUUUGAGAAUUGUUUUGAUUUACAAGUCUUGCUUUUUGAAAUUAAAUUAGAAUGUUUAACUAGCAUCAUAUUCAUGAUCCAUAGCUUACUGUAAC